AUGGGAGGAAUAUGUGAAGCUAAUCGAGGAUACCCUAUUGUGGAAUCAGGUCCUUUUGAGUGCAUCCUGCCUACGGAGAUCAAGCCUUAUGAAAUGAAGAGUAAUCUUAUGGAGGUGUAGGAGAUGUGUGCCACCAAAAUUCAAGCCAUAUUUAGAGGGCAUUAAGUGCGAAAAAAGGUAAUACUGCAAGAUAAGGAUAGAAAAGAGAACUUGAAUAAUCUUAUUAUCCAGAUUCAAAGGUGGCUGUUAAAACAGACCUUCCAGAAAUAAUCCAUCAUGAAGUUUCGAAAGUGAUGUUAUAAUUAGGAGCUUUUGAUUACUCAAAAUGUCAAUCAAUCCCUGGGGCUAAGACUUUAUGUGCUUAUUAGUUUAUUGAGAAGGGAGGGAUCUAUAUAGGUUAGUGGAAGGACCAUAAGAGGAAUGGGAAAGGAAAGCAUAUAUUUGCGGAUGGGUCAAUUUAUGAGGGCAGUUGGGUGGAUGAUAAAGCAAAUGGUUAUGGAAGAUUGAUUAUGACCAAUGGAGAUUAUUAUAUAGGAGAAUGGAAAAAUGAUAAAAAUGAUGGAAAAGGAAUUUAUGUUCAUUCCGAUAAAUCUAGGUACGAAGGAGAAUGGAAGGAAGAUCAGCUACAUGGUCAAGGAAAGGAGAUCUGGGCAGAUGAGUCCGCUUACUUUGAAGGGUAGUUCGUAAUGGGAGUUAAGGAAGGGUUUGGAAUUUAUAAGUGGGCAGAUGGGUCAAGUUAUGCUGGCGAAUUUAAGAAUGGGUAUUUUAGUGGAUAAGGAACUUAUUGUUGGUCAGAUGGCAGCAGGUACAAUGGAUAAUGGUCGAAUAAUAAGAUGAAUGGAUAUGGAGAAAUGAAUUGGGAGGAUAGGAGGAAAUAUAUAGGUAUAGAUUAAUCAUGAUGAGGGGAAUUACAAGGAUAAUAAAAAGGAGGG